AUGUCAAUCUCUCAGCAACCCCCAGUGCCGAUCUCCAUUACCAUCUGCGGCGAUGGUGGGUGCGGAAAGUCCUCGAUAACUCUCCGGCUUGUCCGCUCGCAGUGGACCUCCGAGUACGACCCCACCAUCGAGGACUCGUACUCCAUCACCCGCAAGAUUGACGGCCAGAACUACCACCUGUCGCUGACGGACACGGCCGGCCAGGAGGAGUACCGUGGCAUGUGGGCCUCGUCCAACCUCGGCGCCGACGCCUUCCUGCUCGUAUACGACAUCACCUCGUGCGACUCCCUCGACGCCCUCCAAUACUUCAACGACCUGAUCGACAUGGAGGCCGAAACCCGUCUCGACAACGCCGACCGCGCCAAACGCGCGGGUCUCUCCCCCUCCUCGUACCGCGACACCGUCUCGGCGACGCCCGGCGCUAAGACCGUCCCGCCCGUCAAGAUUGUCGCCGGCAACAAGUGCGAUCUGCAGGAGUCCCGCGCCGUGCCUGCCGCCAUGGGUCUGGACUGGGCGCGCCGCCGCGGAUGCGGCUUCAUGGAGACGAGCGCGCGGCUCGAGGUCAACAUUGAAGAGACGUUCGCGCUUAUUAUCCGGCGCGUGGUCGAGGCCAGGCGGAUGGCGGAACUGGGCGUCAACGAGAACAUGGAGAUGGACCGCCGGGGCAUGACGAAGCCCCUAAGCCCCCUGCCGGCGGGUAGCGAAAACGAGAAGAGCGGUUCGGGUAUGCGGGGUCCGAACGCCGACGGCAAGAGCGGCAAAGGGUCCAUAUGGAAGAAGCUUCGGUGCUGGUGA